GCGAGGCGGGCUCGGUGGGCUCGUGGCGGCUUCCCGCCGGGGGGUUGCCGGGCUCAUCCCUGCAUUCUUGGGCGGCCAAAUUAAUGAGCACAUCCCCCAUCCCGUAAACCUCGCGCUGCUGCUGUCGCCGCUGCCAGGGCUACGACUUGGGCAAGCGAUGAGCCGGCCCAACGCCUGCCACCAGCCUGUCUGUCCAAGUUUCCGCUCGUCCAGCCUGUUCAGCUUGUCCAGUCUGCCACAGAUCACAAGACCUAGUCCUGCACUGCACGUCUGGCGGCACCCAGCGCUGCUGCACUUGCCCACUGAAUUGGAUCCGAUCCGUGCCUAAUGCCUGCCUGCCCUGUCGCUCUGGUAGGUCCCGGUAGAGGUCGGUAAGCAGCAGCCCCCAGCCAGUUCCAACCAACUCGCUGGCCGUGCGGUCAUCAUCAUCCAUCCAUCACCAACACCCGGCCCUUUUGGAGGAACAGGAAAUCAAAUACUAUCGCUUCGCCUCUCUCCAAGCCAAGACCCUGGGUCCCUGCGGCGACUCUUUGACUACCUAACUCUACGUCCCCCUCAUCCACUCCCCACAUCGGACAACCCCUGGGUGCCUGUCUCUCUUUUAAUUAUCAUUCGCUUUUCUUUUUUUUUUCGCUGCUUCUUCCUCUUGUCAAACCCCCGGCAUCCUGCAUAUUGCCUGUACACCAUCGACCAAUACACCGUCCGAAUCCAUCACUCAAUCGGGGGCGGCGCGGCCACAAACGCGGGAAAAGGGGCGUUUUCCAAACAACACAAAAGAUCGAAACACUUCAAGGGGAUCCCGAGGGUCGUCUGAAAUCUUGCCGCCAACUCCCAGCUCAGCUCGCUGGUCACGCACGGAGUCUGCCAGGCCUCGACGCUGUCCUGUCCCAACCCCGAUAGCCGCAUCAAUCCUCUCUAGCCUCCCACCGCAGCCACUCGAUUUCUAGGGAGGACAGGAAAGAAGGCUCUGGCAGGACCGCACUCGACACAACCUCGUCCCGUGAGGGUUCCAGUUGAGACUUUUGCUCCUCUCCGACAUCAUGGCUGAGCAGGCAACGACGAAACCGACGGCCGUCGACCCGAAUCCAGUGCCCGAAGCAUCCGACGCCGCUGCCGAAUCACGACCACCCAUCAUAGGUGUCGCCGGCAACGCCUCAGUGCCCUCGGUUCCUGCAGCGGCUACGGCGGACGAUGACGGAAACAACAAGUCGCCCGAGUCACCAUCCGCGGCGUCCAAGGGAAAGGGCAAGGAGACGGCAGAUGCCGGGAAGAGGGACUCGCUUUCGAUAGACAGGCCCGACGAUGCCGGCGCCUCUUCGACGCCGGCGAAUCCCACGUGCAACAUCACGCUCCUGCUCCCCACGGGCGCGAGGCAUCCCUACAAAAUCGACGAGCGGUACCUGUCCAAGCGCAACGUCGAGAUCCCCGAGCUGACCGAGGACGGCAAGGCGGACCCGUUCAGCAUCAGUGUCUAUAAGCUCAAGGAGCUGAUACUUCUCGAAUGGCGCGAGGAGUGGGAAGGAAAGCCGGCCAGUCCGACCAGCAUACGCCUUAUCCACUUCGGCAAGCUAUUAGAUGACAAGGAGCAGCUGAAAAAGUACCAAUUCAGCUCCGAGGCGCCAAAUGUUAUCCACAUGUCCGUCCGCCCGGCCGAGAUGAUGGAAGAAGAAGAAGGCGCCAAGGGCAAGACGUCUGGCUCGGGCGGCAGAACACAAGGGAGCGGCAAUUGCUGUGUCAUUCUAUGAGUCCCACCGCAGGAUAACGCCUUCUUACCAUCGCUUCUUUCAGGUCUGGGCGAUGCAAGCGCGAACAACGCCCAACUCCUGUUCGCCCCGACUCAACCGCACAGCACAUCUUAUUCUCCUCUUCUCUCUGCCGCCUCUCACCGAAACACGAACAACCGACACCCCCGAUGGAUCGACCGCUGGAAUAUUGCGUGUGCCCGCCCGUUGCCCAAAAAAUACGCAACGCCUAAAUGUUAUUUGUUAUGAAAGCAUAGUAAAGAGCGGCUAGUGAAUGGUUUGGAGUGGGGGGAGAUUGCAACACCCAGUCCAGUUCAAACACCCAGCGGCCAGGAGAGUUCAGAGAUGGGCUCCCUGGCUACUUACUUUUCUACAUAUAUUCCUCUUCUUUUCUUUUCCUUUGUCAGUCACCAUGGCUUCCAAAUUUGUUUGGUUUAUUGCAUAUCGCUUCACAACGAGCUUUCAUUUCGAGGCGGUUCUGUGGCAGCUACAACUUCUUCCUCCAUCCCGGUCCCGUUCUUUGCGGGACAGACUUCACUUUCCACACUUAGCUUUGAGCACUGUCUAUGAUGGGAUUUUAUGUCUUUUUUGGUGUACCGGCGCACAUCUGACUGCCUGUUUCUUCUCUGCCCCCCUUUGUACUGAUGCGGUUCGCACUCAUGCUGCCUGUAUCCCCAUAGCUACCAACACCGUUCCACAACAGUUCACCACCCGAUUAGCGAGAGGACAUGGACAAAGUAGAUAUCGUCCAUGGCCGGGUAGAAUGUCCUUAAUUUUUGGA